CAAUGCACCUCUUUCCUUUUCCUCCAAAGUUUGUUACAUAAAGUAUCGAGAGCCUUCCAGUGUUGGUGUGGCACAACAUUUAACCAACACUGCUUUUAUUGACAGAGCAUUGAUUGUUGUGCCGUGCGCAGAAGAUGACUAGAGUGGCCCAGGCGUUACACUACUACACUAGCCUGACUCAAGGCUUUCUUUUCCAAGCCACUAUACCCGCGGGGGCCCACGCUGCCUUCAAGGGGGGAAUGUGACCAGGAGCGUAGCCGCUGAACCUACCGAGAUGGACACCUUGUCUCUUUUUAUUUUAUUUACAUUUUUUUUUUUUUAUUUCUCUCACAUGUUGUCCCUUUUUUGCCUUUUAGAAGAGUUGCAUAUUUCAUUGUGUUGUUUUUAUUUAUUUUUGUUUUCCUGUCCCCCUGUCCCUCGCCCCCAAUUCUACAGUUGCACUCAUUUGCCUGUCUUUGAAAGCUGUCCAGGUUGACUUGGCACCAAGUAUUGGAGGGAAGUUUGAACGUGAUGCAGCCAACAUGAACGGUUGUCUUGUGUUUCACACCCUUUCCAACACUGCGAAACGAUCGCCCCAGGGAGAAAAGCGUCCAUGCUUGAUAUCGUAUGGUUCAUGACCAAUAUGUUUCCAGUACAGGGAAAAUCCCAGAAGAGGCAAAGGCGCUCUCGCUUUUGGCCCCCGCCACACCCGUCUCUAGCCUGAUGAGCGGAGGAGGACUUUUGCCCAUUCCCAGUCCCACUACGCUACAAAACCGAGGUCUUCCUUUAGCUAAUCUGGGGGUCCUGAAGACGAGUUCAGAUACAUCUGUGGCAGCUCUGAGUGGAAUUACCUCACAGCCUCCACUCAUGGGUAAUGUUGAUCCCUCUAAAAUCGAUGAGAUCAGGAGGACGGUCUAUGUCGGCAACUUAAAUUCACAGACUACCACAGCAGAGCAGCUGCUGGAGUUCUUCAAGCAGGUUGGAGAUGUAAGGUUUGUGCGGAUGGCUGGAGAUGAAACUCAGCCUACACGUUUUGCCUUCGUUGAAUUUUCGGAUCAGGAUUCAGUAGUCAGAGCGCUAACCUUCAAUGGAGUCAUGUUUGGAGACAGGCCACUGAAGAUAAACCACUCCAAUAAUGCCAUAGUGAAGCCUCCAGAGCUCACGCCACAGGCUGCUGCCAAAGAAUUGGAAGAUGUUAUGAAGAAAGUCCGUGAGGCUCAAUCAACCAUUGCUGCUGCCAUUGAGCCAGUUGUAAAAACCCGCUCUUCCAGCAGUUCCAGGCAUUCCAGAAGAUCCAGAUCUCGCUCCCGUUCACUCUCGCGAAAAAAGCGAUCCAGAUCCAGACACCGGGGCCGGCCAUCCCAAAGAUCCCGGCAGAGAAUGAGCGACUCACGUGGGUCCCACAGGAGACGCUCUCACUCCAGAGACAGGAAACACAGCCACAGUCAAUCUCACUCAAGGGACAAGAGGAAGGAGAAAGACAGCAGGGUGAGGAAGGACGAUGAGUGGGAUGAAAAGAGGCUGAGGGACAAAAAGGGAAGGACGCCUCCAAAAGGCUCCAGUAGCUCCAGACAUUCCCGUAGUACAAGCAGAGGGAAGAAGGAUAGAAAGAGGGAUAAAGAGAGUGACGUUAGCAGGGAAUGGAGGGAGAGUCCAGCAUUCAGGAUAAAAAGCAGGAAUUAUGACCACAAAGCUAAACCAUCACAGGUGGACCAUGUUUAUGACAGUGACAUGGAGGGGUCUGGAUCUGCCGAUAGUGAUGACCAAUCUCCCCAAGUUCAUCACAAUGGCAGCUACAGGAGCAUGUACACCGAGGAGGAUGAACUCUCGGCUGCUGAGUGAUCAACAUGUGCACAUGCCAAACCUAGAAGUGUGAUGUGUAACUGUUGUGUCUGGAGAGCACCAACUGUAUCAUACUGUAACAGCUGACACUCCUUUUAAAGUGCUUUCUCUCGAGUCCAUCAGUGUGUGAUUGUAUGAUUCUGAGAACUCUUAGAAAACAUCUAAUACCGCUGUAAAUAUGCUACCUGUCAUAUGAUAUUCAUAUGGAUGAAAAUGUAAUGUUUUGGAAGGCUUUUUUGUGAUGAAAGCUGCGGUAUAUCGAACUGUUGAGAUGAUUGGAAUGUGGGCAGUUUUUAAAUGGUUUUCUUUUGCAUGUAACGUGUUAACACAGGUGUGAAAAGAUAUUAUUUUAUUAUAAAUCUUUUUAUCCAUCUUACUAAAACAGUCAUUAUUACCAUACUUGGGUAAAUCUCUUAAAUGUCUGGGUUUUAUUUUACCCUAGUAUAUGGAUUUAUACAUUAUUUUUAUGGUAAUUAAACAUUUACCCUCCAAAUUUUCUUUAACGUAAUGCAAGAAAUUAAUUCUCGUCACUGGAUUACAGUAUCGAAAAUCAUCUUAUCCAAGUUUAUUGGUAUUAUAAAACAGUUCAUCAAACACUAAACGAUUUUUACUUUACAAAUUUGCUUUAAAAUUUGAAUAUAAUUACAUUUUUAUUGAUAUAUAUAUAUAUAUAAACUAGUUUAGUGGUCCUGAAUAUUUUUUAUUUCUUUUUACUUUUUUGAUGACAUUUCUUGUCAGUUUUCAUGAGAUUCACCCAUUGUACCUGAUAAGUAACUUCUGCCAUUUCUAUUUACUAAAGAAAAAAACUGUUAGUAGAAUGUGUGUAGAAUAACAGUUCUGGAGAGCUGUGUAGAAGCACAGUGCAUGUUUAUAGUGCCUCGGCAGAGGUUGUGUGGCUGAACAUUUCAAAACAAAUGUUUUUUCAGUCAAAAAUGAAUAUUUAUCUAGUGCGUAACCUAAACAACAUUAUAGCAGAGCUUGUGUAAAAUGCAUAUCUUUAUUUUUUAAACAGUACCUACAGUGAUAUCUUCAGACAAGUAUUGUUUUGUGGCAUAUAUUCUAAUGUUUAAGUUUUAUUAUUAUUUUAUUGAGAAGCUUUGGUGAGGGUAGUGAAGCUAAGGGUUACUGCUGUCUCAUUCACAAUAAUGACAAUUUAAAUCUUUAUGCUUCUGAUUAUUAUUAUUAUUUUGUUACUCUUUAGUGAGUGGGUAUAUAUAAGUAUAUACUUGUUAGCAGCAGGAACUAAUAUGAAUAAGAUGGAAGUAACUAGAGUAUAUUGAUUAGUGAUCGGUGUGAUUGUGCAUCUGUUUAGAUAUACAGUAUAUGUGUAUAAAACAGAUUUUACCUAAUAUACAUUUAAAUUAAAGAGGAUAUACUUCUCAGUUAUUCGAUACUGUGGCAUGUGUUUUUUAAAAUGUUAAAUGAACCCCAAGGUGCAUCAAUAAGACAAUUGUCUCUCUUUUAAAAGGCAGUUUCCUCCAGUGUAACAAUAUCAGGGUUAAUGGUCUUUAAAGCGGUCAAAUAUGGCAUACAAUAAAUACAUAUUGUAUUGGCCCUCAAAAGAAUUUCAACACUUAAGGCAAAGGGAUGGUUCACCCAAAAAUGAAAGUUCUCCCAUCAUUUAUUCACCCUCAUGUCAUCCCAGAUGUGUGUGACUUUCUUUCUUCAGCAGAAUACAAAUGAAGAUUUUUAGAAUAACAUUUCAGCUCUGUAGGUCCAUACAAUGCAAGUGAAUGGGUGCCAACAUUUUGAAGCUCCAAAAAUCACAUAAAUCAGCAUAAAGGUAAUCCAUAAGACUCCAGUGGUUAAAUCAGUGUCAUCAGAGUUUUGAUGAUUUGCCAUGAGUUGCUUAUACUUAAUAACAGUGUAUUUUGGACUCU